AUGGAGUUAAAAGAGCUUAAUCCAGAGCCAGUAGCUCACUACAGGCCCGUAGAGGGAAUUGAAAAACCCAGUGGGCUUUUGAACUGGAUAAAUCCCAGAAUUUUGCGAAUCUCGCUGCGAAAAAUUCAGAAAUAUUCAAUUUGGCCCUUGGCCGUGUAUUUCCCACUCCAUGCCAUCAAUACGCUCAUAGUCCCAGUCAUAUCUCCCGAAAACGCUCCAAAUGAUGUUUUGACAAUGAUGAGAGAAAUUUUGCCAGGCUUCACUAGUACACUGCUAAAGGUAUCUGUGACAGCACACCUGGCCAGUGGUUUGGCUCUGAGGCUGUGGCACCUUGUGGCGAGCUGGAAAAAACCCAAGAGAGCGAAAACGAUACCACAGGACUCUCGAGAACGAGAGUCGCAGCGUGAGAUAGGACUUGUAGGCGGUCUUUCCGGUUAUUUCAUUGGCGUCACUAAACAACUCUCUUAUGAGCCCCAGGUACUUUCAGGCUAUAUUCUAGCUCCCGCGCUCUUUUUCCAUACACAGUUAUUGAAAUCAGUUCCUUUCGCGCAAGGAAUCGACAUAGACAUCGACUUUGUCAAGUGGAUUCUGCAAAACGAUAGCACAUUUAUUAAGUGGGGGGUCGGUUUGCUGCCGCUGUCAGUGCUCAUCGGAACUGCAACAUAUCACUUUGGUGCUGGUUUAUGCCAAUACGCUCGAGUUAGGCGUUUGAGCCUGAGAAAGGGCAUGUCAACUUUAAUUUUCAGCCUCACAACGAUGGGCUUCCUCAGUUUAUGGCGACUUUUCAAAGCUAGCCCAGUUUUCCAGAAUGCUGACUACCGGAAUCUACUGAAAACAGUACUUGGCUAA